UCAGUUGUUUUCGUUGCAUUUUGGGAGUAGACGUCAGUUUGUUAUUUGCACAUAGGUAGCAACAUAUAUAAAUUUACUCUGAUGAUAGUACCUUCAAUAGCAUGUCCCGCAUUGAUUCACAUUCUAAACUUUAUAACUUCUUUUAUUGUUAAUUGUUGCAUCUUGUGUCUCGUUAAGUGUUAAAGUAGAACUUUCAUCUUUGGUAUUUUCCAACAAUUUGAGAGUAAAUGAUUUUUCCAUUCAAUUUCCGUUCAUGUUUGACGAUUCGUGUUGAAUAUUAUUUUUCAUUGUCUAUGAAGGAAGUAAAAUUUCACUCGGGAAACCAUCAAAGCAACAUUCAACCACUUUGUAUCAAGCACAUAAAUUUGGCAAUACUCUUUUCGUCAGUAUCAAGAUAUGAAUCUUUACUUGAUGAAUUGUUUAGUUACUUCCAUCCCCGGACCGUGCUGGUGAGGAUGAAUUCAGAUGCCCUAAAACAUAACUUUAUACAGGUUCUAUUGAAUGAGCUCAAAGGUCGGGACAAAGAAUGUACCAAGCGUUACAAAUAUAUAAAUUACAUGUCCUGGCGCUACUUCUUGAAAGGCUACGAGAUCCUCGAAUCAACUACAAUUACAAGGAAAGGCGCCCAUCAAAUUAGCUUGGAGUUUCAAUGGUUUAAAUGAAUCAGAAUCACAGAUUGCAAGAGUACUUCUAUCUACCUGCUCAAAUACAUAUGUGGAACACAGUAUAGGUGUGCAAAUUACACUCCGAGCCAAAUAUAGGAGGUUUUCUUUUCAUGUAUUAUCCCUUAUUAUUACAAUAUGAGUUAAGAAAUUAAUCAGACCUAUUGUGCUUUUGUACACCUUUUCGAUGUUUCAUUGGAUCAGUAUGAUUUAGUCCUCCUUGAAAUUUUGAUAUAUGAAAUUGGUGAUUUUACUUAAACUGGGGUAUCUUACUAUGUUAUGUAUACUCUAUUAAUGAUGGUAUCUAGUCAAUGGUCUUAAUGGUGAAAACCGAAAUUUAAGUGAU